AUGGACUUCUUAUUUGGUCGGAAAAAGACACCAACAGAAAUGUUGCGGCAAAAUCAGCGCGCCUUGAAUAAAGCUAUGCGUGAAUUAGAUCGAGAACGAUCACGUCUGGAAAUGCAAGAGAAAAAGAUAAUCGCUGAUAUUAAAAAGAUGGCUAAAAUGAAUCAAAUGGAUUCUGUGAGAGUAAUGGCAAAAGAUCUUGUUCGAACUCGUCGAUAUGUCAAAAAGUUUAUAAUGAUGAGAGCUAACAUACAAGCUGUUUCGCUAAAGGUGCAGACUUUAAAAAGUCAAGAUGCCAUGGCACAAGCAAUGAAAGGUGUAACGCGAGCUAUGCAGAGCAUGAGUCGACAAUUGAAUUUACCUCAAAUCCAGAAAAUUAUGAUGGAAUUUGAAAGGCAAUCCGAAAUCAUGGACAUGAAAGAAGAAAUGAUGGGAGAAGCGGUGGAUGAUGCCAUUGCAGAUGAAGACGAUGAAGAAGAAACAGAAGCAAUCGUUGCUCAGGUUUUGGAUGAAUUAGGGAUCCAGAUGAAUGAAGAGCUAUCAGCUUUACCCACAACACAAGGCACACUAACGCAAGCUGACCAAAAGCGGCAGCCUCAAACAGCACUAUCAGAUGCAGAUGCUGAUUUACAAGCUAGGUUAGAAAAUCUACGUCGAGAAUAA